AACAAAUAGUACAAAAAGUAAACAAACGGUUUGCCUAUAUUGCAUGCAAAUUAUCUUCAUCCAUAGUACAUUUUGCGACGCCAAAACGCGGUUGACUUUUGUAUAUUCAGGUCAAUACAUCUUAAUAGAAUCAGCAACAGCAGUAGUGAGCGGUUAAAGGUGAUUACGCAAUUCCAUAAAAGACUCUCCGGUUUUUGUUCAGUGUAAAAUAUUUUAUAGCUAAGUAAAUAAUGGCACUACCUUUAGCGCGUAUUAACGUGGAUGAGCCGCUGUAUGAUCUAAGCACCUUCUCCGGCCGUUUUCGCUACUUUGCAUGGAUGACAGAUCCGCGUACGGUUAUCGUUUCCAAUGAUCGCUUAUUGCAAGCAAAAACUUUAGUAGAGAAAUAUCGUCUAGGCAAAGAACCAGAGAAUACUACACAAGAACAAGUUAAAUAUGCGAUGAAAUUAUACUCGUCUGCCUUUCAUCCAGAUACAGGAGAGCUGCAAAAUGUUACGGGCCGUAUGAGCUUCCAGGUACCCGGCGGCAUGCUUAUAACCGGUGGCAUGUUGGCCUUUUACCGCACUGUGCCCGCCGUUAUACUCUGGCAAUUCAUUAAUCAGUCAUUCAAUGCUGUAGUCAAUUAUACAAAUCGUAAUGCUAAUUCACCGACUACUGUGACACAAUUGGGCGUUGCAUAUGUAUCGGCGACCACGUCGGCAUUAGUAGCUGCGCUCGGCUGCAAAAGUUAUUGGUCUAAGCGUGCAAGUCCACUCUUUCAGCGUUUUGUACCCUUCGCUGCUGUUGCUGCUGCCAAUUUUGUUAACAUUCCGUUAAUGCGUCAAAAUGAAAUUAUUAAUGGCAUAGAAUUGAAGGAUGAGAAUGGCAAUGUGAUUGGCCAUAGUCGUUUGGCCGCCAUAAAAGGUAUUACGCAGGUUGUGCUCUCACGUAUUACGAUGGCAGCGCCUGGUAUGCUGAUAUUGCCAUUUAUUAUGCAACGUUUGGAGAAAAUACCGGCUUAUCGACGCAUCCGUUGGAUAGAUGCGCCCUUCCAAACAGCUAUGGUUGGUUGCUUCCUGCUCUUCAUGGUGCCCACUGCUUGUGCUAUAUUCCCACAAAACUGUUCAUUGAAGACGUCCACCAUCAAACUCGUUGAGUCUGAGCAAUAUGCUAAAAUAGAAUCGAAUACCAAAGGUCAUGUCCCGGAGCGUGUAUACUUUAAUAAAGGCUUGUAAAAUGUGUGCUGCACUAUUUGUAAGUUUUAUGCACAAUAGACAAUAUAAAGUGAACGAAGUGCUUGCGCUUAGCGGAAAGCCUUCCGAGUCAAUAUACAACAGCAUUUAUAUGAAACUCUAUACAAUAACUGGAAAUCACUGCUGAUACACUUGCCAUAAUUUGGCAAAACAAUAAAAAAAA